AUGGAGAACUACUACGCCGGCAACCCUCUGAACCGGCUAUCCUACCUCCGAUCCUCCCAGGCGUUCCUCACCUCCGCCCUUCGCUCAGCCAAAGCCAAGUUCCUCCCGCUCGACUCGCUCUCUCCACUCUGCAAGCACGACAAGGACGGCGCGCGGCACCUCCACUUUGUCGGCUGGAAGGACGUCGAGGCGGUCGUAGGCGAGGCGGAGCAGGUCUUUGCCGGUGUCGACGGCAAGCGGGACGAGGAUGUCCCCGAACUUGCGGUCCUAGGCCUCCAGGCGAAGCGCCUUGGCAAGACCCGCGUCGGAGACCUCUCGCACGACGAAAAGAUGCGCUACUUCCUCGACCAGCCUGCACUCGUCUUCCUCGGCGUCGACGAGCGGUCCGCGCCCGAGUCGGCCAAGUCGCUGCCCGUUUCGAAGCCAGAUGAGCACUCAACGCUCGAGACGCAUUCGCCGUACGGCGAGCCGUACUGGGCUCUCGACGUCUCCGCCUUGCCGGACCUGAAGGAGAAGAUCUUGCAGGCGAAUGAGGGCGCCAAAUUUAUGGAGUUGCGGUCGGGCGCGCAGACCAUGCCGACGCAGGAAGCGUCGAUCGCGGCGGAGGCACGGGCGUUGGUGGACUGGAACACGCGUAACAAGUUCUGUCCCGCAUGCGCACGCCCGAUCCGUUCCGUUUGGGCUGGCUGGAAGCGCUCCUGCAUCCCCGGCGAACCUUCGGCGGACGGCGUUGACGGGCAAGCGACGGCAUGCAUCUCUCGCAAGGGCGUCCACAACUUCUCGUACCCUCGCACCGAUCCGGUCGUCAUCAUGGCGGUUCUGAGUCCAGACGGCGAGAAGAUCUUGCUUGGCCGGCAGCGAACCUGGCCCGCCCGCUUCUACUCCUGCCUUGCAGGCUUCCUCGAAGCCGGCGAAUCCCUCGAAGAAGCCGUCCGGCGCGAGGUCUAUGAAGAGGCGGGAAUCGUCGUUGGAGAUGUCGGCUACCACUCGAGUCAGCCCUGGCCGUUUCCGGCCUCCCUCAUGUUUGGCUGCUGGGGAGUUGCGAAGACAGAGGAGAUCCGAGUGGAUUUGGAUAACGAGCUUGAGGACGCCCGCUUCUUCACCCGCGACCAAGUCCUCAAGGUCAUCCAGUCGACGAAACCCAUGCAGCUCAGUCGUGAACAGGUCGCACGGAUCGAUGGAAAGGAGGGCGCCUCAUCGGACAAGCACGACCUCGAGGAUGCGAAGAAAAAGGCUGACGACGAGGGAUCGUUCCUGAUGCCGCCGGCGACUGCGAUCGCCAACACGCUCGUCAGAGCUUGGGCGACGGGCAAGCUCUUCAACCAGGCGCCGGCGUCGGUGUCGAAGAUGUAG